GGUUUAACGGAAAAUUUUGUUCAAUAUUUAUUUGAUUGCAAAUUGAUAAAAAAAAAAAUCAAAAUGUGCAACUUUUUUUCUGGAAAACUUACCGGUCGAUUAGAAUUAGGUCUUUGGGCCAUAGCCAUAAUAGCACUAAGUGUCGUUAUUAUUAUAUAUGUGUCUACCCGUGAAACCUUUGACGUAUACCACAAAAUCGCAAUUGGGGGAGGCAGCUUUACAAUUGUUGCUGCACUAUUCCUUCUGUUUGGUGCAAUCUUGGAAAACCGCUUUCUUGUGUGGACUUGGGUGGCUAUAAUAAUUCCGUUAGUUAUUAUAAUUACUACCGCAUAUAUUAUAAAGUUGUGCAAAGAAUGGGAGUUUAUCACAGAGCGGGCUAGAGUAUACACCAUAAUCGGUUUAAUAAUUAGUCCAUGUUUCUGUUUGUAUUUGGUUAUCAUAUCAGUGUUAUAUGCAUUGGAAUUGAAAAAAUCAAGAAGUGAAAUGGAAGACCGUAUCGGUAUAUAUUCUCUGUGGUGCUUUUAAUUGAAAUAUCC